AUGACGAGAGUUAGAUCAAAGAAAGAGAAGUUAGGUGAUAGUCCGCCUGACGUAUACAAGCACAUCAAGAAGGAGGAUUGGGCCACUUUCAAAGAAAAGAUGAUGUCAGAUCAUGCUAUACGAGAAAAGGCGCUUGAGAGCGCAAAGAAGAACACACAUCAUCACCACUUAGGUCAGAGGAGUUAUGGAGAUGCUAGAGAGUUGUGGAGGCAGGAGAAAUUCGGUCCACCUAGUUUUGAUUCUGGAUCGUCUUCUAGUAACCAUCCUCCUCGAUCUCCUCCAGUUUUAACCGGGUUGGAGUACAAGGAGAAGCAAGCCAAGGGUGAGUUCAUUCCGGUUCGUAACAGAGAUGCCCUUUUUAUGGCUCUUGGAGAGAAGCCAGAUCAUCCGGGUCGCUGUUACGGUUUUGGGGGUGUUAAUGUUGGCUAUACCAAGGCUUUUGGACACGUACCUCGUACGCACUAUAGGAGAUCGAUGAAAGAACAAGAGGAGGCACUCAUACAGAAAAUGAGUGAAAGGUGCAGGGAGGACAUUGCCACAUAUAUGCAGAAUGUGAUGAUUUCACCUUUACAUCCAUCUACCGGGCCAUAUUCUUCACCAUCUGGUGGGCCAUCUCCUUCUCAUGUACAGCCACCUACUCAGUCACCUGGGCUUUAUCAUUUUUUCCCUUCACCAUUUGCUAUGCCAUCUCCUCCUACACAGCCGACUCAGCCUCCUAUUCCAACAUCUGCUUCACCAUUUCCUGGGCCAUAUUCUGGGCCAUUACCUGGGCCAUACUCUGGGCCACCUCUUGGGCCAUCUCCUGGGCCACCUCUUGGGCCAUUUCCUGGGCCACCUCUUGGGCCAUUUCCUGGGCCAUAUCCUGGGCCAUAUCCUGGCUGA